UCGGCGGUUUCGGCGGCAGCGGCGGGGAAUGAGCGCGGAACGGGCGCGGGAGAUCCGCCAGCUGCAGAAGGCAAAGGAGAAGGCUCAGCGCGGUGGGCACCUGGUGGAAGAAGCGGCGCUUUGUAACCAGCUGGGCGAGAUUUUGGCGAGCUGUGGUCGUUAUGAGGAAGCUCUGGAGGAGCACCGCCAGGAGCUGCGGCUGCUGGAAGGCGCCGGGGAUGGGCUGGGUUGCGCCGUGGCGCACCGCAAGAUCGGCGAACGCCUGGCUGAGAUGGAGAACUAUGAGGCUGCACUCAAACACCAACACCAGCACUUGGAGCUGGCGCGGGGACUGGCGGACGAGACGGAGCAGCAACGAGCUUGGGCCACCAUUGGGAGGACCUACAUGUUCAUGGCUGAGAGCGACGGCACCGUGGCUCAGGAGGCUUGGAGGAAGGCUGAAAGGGCUUUCCACACCAGUUUGACCAUUGUGGAGGAGAAACUGGAAGGAGCUGUCCCAGACCGGGAGGUGACGGAGAUGAGGACUCGGCUCUACCUCAACCUGGGGCUGGUCUAUGACAGCCUGAAGGACCCUGCCAAGAGCCACCAGUACAUCAGGAAAAGCAUCUUCCUGGCUGACCAGGGCCGGCUCACCGAGGAUCUUUACCGAGCUUACUUCAACCUGGGCCACAUCCAGCUGCGGGAGGGAGACCACUCGGGGGCCCUGCGGUGCCUGGCGCGAGCCCGCGACUGUGCCCGCAAGAUGAAGGAGAAGGGGCUGGAGAGUGACUGUUGCAGCAGCACUGCCCAGGUCCUGCUGAGCUUGGGGGACUUUGCAGCAGCCAAGAGGUCUCUGAAGCAAGCCUACCUGCUGGGGCCAUCACAGCCCUGGCAGAGGGACCUCCUGCGCUCCAACCUGCGCUAUGCCACCAAGGUGACCCGGCUGCAGGAAGCCCUGGAGGAGGCGGCGGCGCCGCCGCUGGCUCUGUCCCUCAGUGAGCAGCUUGGGGACAUCUUCUCCAAGCAGGGAGACUACGGCCGAGCCGUGGAGGCCUACCAGAGGCAGUUGAGCUUGGCCCAGCAGCUGGGGAGGCCGCCACGGGAAGUGGCUGUCAUCCACGUCUCGCUGGCCACCACCUUCGGGGACCUCAAGGACUACGCGCGAGCCAUCCACCACUACCGGCAGGAGCUGGCCCUGCACCGGGGGGACGCGCUGGAGGAAGGGAAGACCUGGCUGAACAUGGCACUGGCCAUGGAGGAGGCCGGGGAGCCCCCUCCCCACAUCCAGAGCUGCCUCCAGACUGCCCUGGAACGAGCCCAGGUGGCAGGAGACCCCCGGGUGCAGCGCCAGGCCCUGCGCCAGCUCCACGCUCUCCAGCUGCGGCUGGGGGAGGCCGAAGCCGCCGCAGCCACCCUGGGGCAGCUGGGGGGGCUGGGAGGAGCCCCCCAGGAAGAAGAAGAAGAUCUGGAGAGCAGCCAGGCACAGGAGGAGGAAGAGGAGAGUGAGCUGGAGCUGUCUGAGAGCGAGGGGGAGGACGAUGAACUGGAAGGCUACAGCAAGAGUGUCCCUGGCAGGAGGAGGAUCUGUAAGUGGAACCGUCGCAACGAGCGGGGCGAGACCCCCCUGCACCGUGCCUGCAUCGAGGGAGACCUGCGCCGGGUGCUGCUCUUCCUCAAACAGGGGCACCCUCUGAACCCCCGGGAUUACUGCGGCUGGACCCCCCUGCAUGAAGCCUGCAACCAUGGGCACCUGGAGAUCGUUCAGGCACUGCUGGAGCGGGGGGCAGCAGUGAACGACCCGGGGGGGCCAGGCUGCGAGGGCAUCACCCCCCUGCACGAUGCCCUCAGCUGCGGCCACUUCGAGGUGGCCCAGGAGCUGCUGCGCCGCGGGGCCUCCGUCAAUGCCAGGGACAGCCAGGGCCUGACCCCGCUGGGCACUCUGGAGCGCUGGCUGCAGGCAUAUGGCCCCGAGCUGGACCAGGAGACCUGGCAGCGCUGCCAGCACACCCAGAGCCUGCUCCGCCAGGCUGCUGCACCGGCCCUGUCCCAGCUCAGCCAGGACUCGGUGCCGGAGGGCGACGGUGAUGCCGGUGCCGGUGACAUGGUGCCACUGAAGCCGGUCAGGAAGCGGCUGCGGGCACCGGUGCUCGACGGGAGGGACGUGGAGGGGCUGGCAAUGGAGCCAGAGCCAUGUGGAGCUGCUGCUGGGGGGCUUGGCAGUGCCAAGUCCCUCUCUGGUGGCACCAAAUCCAUCUGUGGUGGCACUGAAUCCCUUCCUAAUGAUGCCAGAUCCCUUCCCAGUGGGGCCAAAUCCCUCCUUGGAAACGCCAAAUCCCAUCCUGGUGGUGCCAAAUCCCAUCCUGGUGGUGCCAAAUCCCAUCCUGGUGGAGCCAAAUCCCUCUUUGGCACCACCAAACCUCUUCCCAGUGGUGCCAACCCCCUUCCUGGCGGCACCAACCCCUCCGUCAGCAGCGGCACUGUGGCGGGGUGCCGGCCCCCGGCGCUGAUCCCAGUGGAGCAGUACCUGGAGGAGGAAGAUUGGUUGGAAGAUGACCUUGGGGGGGCUCGGGGGGGUCGCAAACGGCCUCGCCGGGACCCCCAGGGCUUGGUGUCGGCUCUGGGGGACGGCACAGGAGCAGAGAGCGACAGCAGGGGCCCGGCUGUGGCGCGACACCGAGCGCGGCGCUGCCGGCAGAGCCGACUGACCGGCCUGGUCAGGAGGGGCUGGAGGGAGCAGAGGCCCCCCGAGGCUGCUGGGAGUCCCCUGUCUGGGGAGGAGGAGGAGGAGGUGGAGGAAGAGGAGGAAGAAGGUGGAGUGCCUACCCCGGCAGCGCCGGGCCCCGUGCCGGGCCCCCAGCCCACGCUGCGUGUGCGCGUCCGCGUCCAGGACAGCGUCUUCCUCAUCCCCGUGCCCCAGAGGACCCCCCACAGAACCCUGUAUCCCACUUUGGGACCCCCAUAUCCCCUUCAGGACCCCCCACAGAACCCUGUAUCCCCCUUUGGGACCCCCAUAUCCCCUUCAGGACCCCCCACAGAACCCUGCCCCCCCCGUCCCCUCGGGACGCUGCUGGCAGCCCUGUCUGCGGUGGGCAGCCCUGCUGGGGAGCCCCCCGUGCUGAGCAGCGCUGCCUGUCCCCGCAGCAGCCCGCCGCUGGCGGUGUCCUGGCUGGCGGAGCGGGCGGCCCAGCGCUUCUACCAGGGCUGCGGCCUGCUGCCGCGCCUCAGCCUGCGCCGCGAGGGGGCGCUGCUGGCCCCCCAGGACCCGGUGGGGGACGUCCUGCAGAGCAACGAGGAGGUGCUGGCAGAGGUGCAGGGCUGGGACCUGCCACCCUUGGCUGAGCGCUACCGAAGGGCCUGCCAGAGCCUGGCUGUGGAUGCCCACCCGCUGCUGCUGAAGGCGUUGGAGCUGCAGGAGCAGAGCCCAGCGCUGCUGCUGGGGGGUGGCCUGUCCCUGUCCCCCCCGCAGCUGCCCCCCCUGCUGAGGGCCCUGAAGCUGCAGGAGCGGCUGCAGCAGCUGCGGCUGCAGGGCUGCGGCGUCACCGACGCGGCGGGCGGCGAGCUGCUGGCCACGCUGGGCACCCUGCCGGCCCUCACCCAGCUCGACCUCACUGGCAACAGACUGGGAGCCAGGGGGCUCCGGGACCUGCUGCCCCAGCAGCCCCACACCUUCCAGAGCCUGGAGGAGCUAAACCUGAGCCUAAACCCUCUUGGGGACGCCUCUUGCCGCCCCCUCGCCGAGCUGCUGCGGCGCUGCCCGGCCCUCACCACCCUGCGCCUGGAUGCCUGCGGCUUCACCGCCGCCUUCCACCUGGAGGGUAAGAGCCCCUGGCAGCACCACGGUGCCGCGCUGGCAUCGCUGGGCGCCAGAGCGCCCCGGCUGCAGAGGCUGAGCCUGUCGCACAACGCGCUGGGCGCGGCGGGGCUGGCACGGCUCCUCGGCGCUCUGCCCUGCCACAGCCUGGCACGCUUAGAGCUGGGCUCCAUCAGCGGGCCUGCACCCCAGCCCCUGGCCCCGGCGCUCGUCAGCUUCCUGGCACAGGAGGGCUGCGCCUUGAGCCACCUCAGGCUGUCCGGCAACCACCUGAGCGAUGGAGACAUCCUGCAAGUGGCCAGGUGCCUCCCAGCUUGCCCAGCUCUGGUUUCCUUGGAUUUCUCGGCCAACCCUGGCAUCACCACGGCGGGGCUGCGGUCACUGCUCAGCGCCCUGGAAGAGAGGCACCAGGGGCUGCAGUUCCUCAGCCUGGCAGGCUGCUCUGUGGAAGCUCCUUUGGAGGCCGAAAGCGCCGGCAAGAUCCAGGAGCUGCGGCUCUGCGGGCACCGCGCCAGAGCCGGCGAAGCUUGGCAAGGCGCUGCCAGGCUCCGCACCGUCACACGGCACCACAAGCUCUUCUGGAAGAACCUCUGA